CUAUUAAGGAGGGACAUAAAACCUGUCUGAUGAGUUAUAUGGCACAGCCGCAGCAUGAUAUUUAAUUAUGCCUAGAUUUCCAUUUGUAGCAGUUUGUAGCCACUUCUUCAAAAUGCUUCAUUUUUUCAUCUUAAUUCUUAACAUUUCAAAGGGCAGAUCAAAUAAUGCAGACGUUGUGGCUCAGAAUCAUCUGAAGAUUGUUCAAGCUGGAGACAGUGUUGAUUUCACCUGUAUUUUUCAAAGAGAUAUGAGACCCUCCAUAGUUUGGGUCAAACAAAAAGUUGGAGAGAAGCCCCUUCCGAUCGUAAAAUCAUUUCAGGGUUUACCUGCCAAAUUUGAGAAUGACUUUGACAAACAUAACCGCUUUUUUGCAGAAAAAAAUGACAGCAGUUUUAAUCUGAGGAUCACAAACACAGAAGAAUCAGACACUGCAACAUACUAUUGUGCUCAAUAUUUAUACGAUUUCAAAUUUGAUAAAGUCACUUAUCUUAUUGUUAAAGGCAAACAACUGAACAUGCAGUCUGACCAUCAGACACCUGCCACAGAUCCAGUGCAUCCAGAAGACUCUGCAGUGGCGCUGCAGUGCACCGUCCUCACACAGAGCUGUGCAGGAGAACACAACGUCUACUGGUUCAGACGUGAAUCUGGAGAAUCUCCUCCAGGAAUUAUAUUCACUCAGGACCGCAGGAACGCUCAAUGUGAAAGGAGAUCUGAUGUGAACUCUACUGCACACAAAUGUAUCUACAGCCUGCCCAAGAGGAACCUCAGUCUCUCUGAUGCUGGGAUUUACUACUGCGCUGUGGCCGCAUGUGGAGAGAUACUGUUUGGAGAUGCAAGAAAACCUGAUUUGCCAAGGCUAGAAACACCAUGGAGCAAAAUUGCAGUAGUUUUAGCAUCUUCAAACUGUUUAUCUGUGAUUGUGAUCAUUAUUCUGGGUGCACAGUUGCACAAGCACCAGCAGAAAGAAGAACACAGUGUCUACUGGUUCAGACAAAGCUCAGGAGAUUCUCAGGGAGUGCUUUACACAAAAGGAGAGAGAAACGGUCAGUGUGAGAACAGCACUGAGUCUCAAACACAGAGCUGUGUCUACAAUCUCUUCAAGAGAAAUGUCAGUCACUCUGAUGCUGGAAUUUAUUACUGUGCUGUGGCCGCAUGUGGAGACAUACUGUUUGGAAAAGGAACUGAAUGA